GUGGUAUUAGCAAAUAUAUGCCUGUUGUAUUGAGGACAUCUCUAAAUUUUAAGAUUGCAGGUCCAUUAUAAAGAUGGACAAAAAGAUUACAACUUUUGUCAAUAAACUGGAAUCUUUCUGUGAAUGCACCAUAUGCUUCAACACUUAUGAUGAAGAUUCACACGUACCACGAUUGUUGCCUUGCAAUCAUGCAUUUUGCACUGACUGUCUUGUGAAACAUUGUUCCAGCAAGAAAUUAAAUUGUCCUCUAUGUAACCAAACGCAUGGUAUCUUAAAUGAAGGCAUUCUGGCUUUCCCAAAGGACAAUAUACGUCGUGAAAUGAGAGAUUUAGUUACUGAUUUUGCCUCCAAUGUGCUGUGCUCCGACUGUCGGACAUAUGAUAGCAAAAGUCUUCUCUGCAUAGACUGUAACAUUAGAAUUUGCAGUUUAUGCUCUUCUGAGAGAUUGAAAAAUAUAUGUCAAGCUCACAAAAUUGAUGGCAUCAGUGAUUCUCCAGUACAAUUGGAUGAUUUACCAGAAAAAAAUAUAUCUUCACAAGUCUGCCUUUUGGAUGGACAUGAAAAAAGUCAGCUUAUUUUUUACUGUACAAGCAAAUCAUGCUGCAAGCCUGUCUGUCUUAUGUGCAUAUCUGAGCAUCAUAAAACUCAUACUUUCAAAACUAUUCAUGAUGUAUACUUAAUUCGGAAACACAAUAUGCAAAGAAUUUGUCUUGAGACAAAGGAAAAACUAAUAAAGGCUCGGAAAAUAUUGUCAAAAAUUUGUAAAAAGCGUACAGCUUUGAUGGCGUGGGACAGAAGAAGCAGGGAAAAUUUAGAAGCUACCGUUAAAAAAGGAAAUCUGUAUCUAAUUGAAUGUGAGCGUAACGCAAAAUGGAAUAUUUCGAAGAAAUAUUCAGCACAGUCCAAGUUUAACAAAACUCACAACGUACUUUUAUAUCAAAGAGAAUUUCAAGAUUUUAGAUGGUUACACAAUAAAAUGCUCGCAAAAAUUCAUUUGGCAUCAGUCGUAAAAGAAGAAAUGUCUUUUCUACAAAAAUAUAAGAAUCAAGAAAUGUUGAAAAAUUCUAAUAACCUCAGAAUCAGGUUAAGUUUUAUCAAUAGAGACCUAUGUUUUCUCAGGAAUUUCAUUGAUAAUGCUUCACAUUGUUGCUCGACUUCAGAUCAAAUAUUAGCAACGCAAAAUGAAGUUGAUUUUUUGAAUCAAGAAAAUUCCCUUGCCUUACUGUUGAUCAGUUUCACUGAGGUAGAUAUCGAACGACGUGUUGAAAAGCUAUCACCUACUGAAGAACUUGGAAUGAAAAGGGGAUCUAAAUAUUUAGAAUCUAUGAUUGAUGAAAUUAUGAAACUGCCAGACUUUCUUCAGGGAGAUACAGAUGAAGAAAACGUGUCCAAACAUACUGGAUUUACUGAACAGGAUCUAUUGCUAAUCGUUGUCUGUGUAGGCGGUGUUGCAUAUUUUCUGAACAUUUUGCGUCUUCUCCUAUAUUUAUAGGAUUAAAAUAUUACAUGUGGACACUUACUUUUCAAUGUGCAUCUAAAUUGAGAUCAACUUUUA